AUGCUUUAAAUUGCUCUUUAAUAAUCUAUGUAAGAUUAAUAAAUAAUAAAUCCUGAUUAGAUGACAUAUGAACAAUUACUUGAAUUAGAAGAAAGAAAUGGAAAAGUUAAUAAAGGUUUAAAAUAAGAUUAAAUUGAUAAAAUUAAAGUAUCGAAAUAUAUAUUAAAAUAAAGCUUAACUUACACAAUCCAUGCAUAUUUUUUAACUGUUCACUAAUACCCAUUAAAGGAUGCUUAAGUAAUAAUAGAAUUGGAUAAUUAAAAAUUUUAAUUAACACCAUCUCCAUCUACAGGAUUAAUAUAACAUACAUCUAGUCUCUCAUCAAUUUCCUCAUCGAAAGAAGGAAAAAUAACAUUAGUAGUGGGUCAAUCGCCAUAUUAAAUAAUAAAUGUAUUUCCAAUAACACUAGAUAGUACGAAUAAUAUAAAACAAACAUUUUAUUUAAAACCAGAACCUUAUCCAAAACCUACAACAGUAAAAGGAUGUGUAUAUGACCGCUUUGGGAAAGCCUUUCCUAAAGUAGAAGUGACGAUAAGUUACGAUAAGCCAAUAUUCUAAGACUAGGUAGUAUUAUAAAGUGACAUUACGACUGGAUGUUUUGAGAAUAUAUAAGAUUUAAAGGAAUUCAUACCUAUAGAAGGCAAUAUAAUUGCCGAAAGAAGCAAUUAUCCAGUCUAUAAUUUAAUAUAAAAUAGUUUAAAUUAUAAAACUGGAUUUUAUAUUUUGAACGACUUGAAAUUUUAAUUGGACGAAAAAAUAAUUUUAAAAACGAAUUCUGUGCCUAUUAAUAUAAAAGGAUAAAUUAAAGAUUAAGAUAAUUAGCCUUUAAAUGCAGUCGAAGUAAAAUUGGAAAAAUGUAAUUCAUAAACAACACUUCUAAAAAAAAUUUUCUAUAAAAAAAAAAAAAACAUUGAUUUUUCACUCUCUGCAACUUCAGAUUCUAAAGGAGAUUUCGCUUUCCUAUCAGAAAAUUCGCCAUUUUUGAUUUCCUAAAAUUCGCCUAUAUAAACACUUUAAUGUCAAUUAAUAAUAACUAAGCCUCAUCCUUAUUAAUAAUCAAUAAUUAUUAAAGAAUCUAAUUAUUUUGAUAAUUUACCCUUGAGUAUAAAAUUAACUCCUUAAAAAAUUUAAGGUAAAGUUUCGGGAAAAUUAGUCGAUAGUGUAACUAAAUUACCUUUAUAAGGUGUUUAAGUAUUAUUAGAAUACAAUGAUAAAGUUUAAAAAUAAAAAUUAUAAGCUUUAACAGAUAGCGGAGGAGCUUAUUCUUUUAAUAUUCAAGGAUAUACUGGAUUAGAAUAUAUAGGAAAUAUUACAUUUUCUAAAAAUGAAUAUAAAACUAUAACUUAAGAUUUAAAACUAAAUGAUUAAAAUAAGUUUACAUUAGAUCUUGGAAAUAUAUAAUUAAUUUAUAUAAGCGUUUAGGGUAAAGUAUCAGGAAAAUUAGUUGAUAGUAUAACUAAAUUAUAUUUAUAAGGUGUAUAGAUAUUAUUAGAAUAUAAUGAUAAAGAUUAAAAUUAAAAAUUACAAGCAUUAACUGAUAGUAAAGGAGCUUUUUAGAUAAAUAUCCAUGGAUAAAUUGGUCUAGAAUACAUAGGAAAAGCAACAUUUUCAAAAAGUGAAUAUGAAUCAAAAAGCUUAGAAUUAAAAUUAAAUGAUUAAAAUAAAUUUACAGAAGAUCUAGGAAUUAUUUCCUUAGUAUAUUAACCAAAUAUGUAAGAAAUUACAAUUCAAGGAAAAAUUCAAGAAGAUAAUAUGAAAUAAACACCUUUAAAAGACGUAAAAAUAUUAAUUAAGAUUUUAUCGAAAGCAGAUAAUAAACUAUAAACUUUAACUGUUAUUUCUAAUUAAACUGGUGUAUUUUCAUUAAAAAUCUAAUUAUAAGAAAAAAUUAUGUAUGAAAUCACUAUAGAAAUAAAUGAUUUAGAGCAUUUUAUUACUUUUUUAUCAAAAAAGGAUAUUACUGUAUCCACUACUACUAAGCUAAUAGACUUCCUUAUUAUUAAAUUAAAAAGAAAAAGCAUACCUGCAUUAAUUUCAGGAUAAUUAAUAGAUUCUAAAACUUAAAAGCCUAUUAUCAAUUCUAAAAUCUAAAUUAGUACAAGUCCAUCAUUGGAAUAACCUAUACCAACAACUUCAUCUAGUUCUUCAGGUUCUUUUUCCAUAAAUUUUAUCGUUUUGUCUGGAUUAUAAUACUCUUAUGCUUUAUUAGUGACCUAAUAAACUGGAUAAGUAGGUUCAUUUUAAGGUCCUGAUCCAUUAUCUUUUACUAAUAAAUACAAGAUAGAAAAUUUAAAGGCAGUUAUUACCAAUAAGGAAGUAACAGCAACUGUAUCGGGUAUUUUUAUAGAAAAAAGUCAACAAAAACCUGUUGAAAAUGCAGAUGUUUUUCUCAUUGUAGCAAACAAAAUUAACAGAUGUUAAUAAAAAACCUCUUCAAAAGGAGAAUUUUCGUGCUAAGUGGUAUUAGAUGAAGGGCCUUAGUAUACUUAUUUUUUAGAUUUCAGAACUAAAAUCGGAUAAAAAGUCAUUUUUAAGGAUAAUUCUUUAAUAUUAUCCAAAGACAAUAAAUACAAAAUGGAAAAUCAUAAUCUUUAGCUUUUAUUCGCAUAAACAAAAGCAUAAAUUAAUGCCGUUUUAAUAAACAAAAAAAACUAAAAACCAAUAUCAGAAGCUAAUAUUUAAAUAGAAAUAACGCCACAAAUAAGUACCAGUAGUACUAAUUAAUAAACUUGUCCUAGUUCAAAUGAUAAAGGAGCUAUUUUAUGCGAAUUUUAAGUAGACGAUGGUGUUUCUUAUACUUUUAUGGCCAAAAUAUAAGCCAAAAACGGUCAAAAAGGCUCUUUUAGUGGAAACAUAAACCCAACAAACCAAUAUAUCAGUUAAAGUGGGCAUGUAUCGAUUGAUUUAAUUGAAGAAAUGGUAAAUGCUAGUAUAUAAGGAAGUCUUAAGGAUUAAUAAGGGUAAAAAAUUGUAGAAAAAAGUUUCUUAGAAAUAUUAACUGUCGAAAAUAAAGAAGAACCUAAUGAAAAAGUGUUUUUUGCAAAAACUAAAGUGGAAAUUUUGUAAGGAAACUUCAAUGCAAAAAUAAAUUUAACAAAAGGAUUUUCUUAUAAAGUUUGCAUUUUAUUUACUUCUGAUAAUUUUUUGGAAACAAAUUAAUGCUUUGGAUUAGAUUAGACUAAUAACUAUUUAGUUCAAAAUGCUUAAGUGACCUUAAUUUCCCCAAUUAAACUAGUGUUAACAGGAAAAGUACAAACAAUGAGAAAAAGGCCAAUAAAUGCAGCCAAAAUAAUAGUUUUUUUUGCCAUUAAUAAAUAGGAAUUUGCUAUUAUUUCAGAUAAAAAUGGAGAUUUUGUAUUAAAUAUGGUAUUAAAAUUAAAAGAUUUGGAAUAAAUAAAAGGUUAAUUGAAAGUUUAAGCCAAAGGAUUUGAAGAAUAUACUUAAGAUUUAAUUUUCGAAAAAAAUAAAAACUUUAAAAUCGAAAAAUUGUAAAUAAAUAUGAACUCUAUGGAAUUCUAACACGAAUUAAAAGGAUAAGUAGUCGAAAAACAAUUUUAUGGAAUUAAAAAUGUAUAAAUUAUUCUAAUUUUAAAAGAUUCCAAAAAAGAAUAAAAACUAACCUCUAUAUCAGAAAAAAAAGGAUUUUUUACCGUUAAAUUUAAUAUUAAUAAUAAUGAGGAAUAUGAAGGUGCUUUUCAUUUUGUUCAUGACUUUUUUUAUAGCAAAAUUUAUAAUUUUAAACUACUUUCUGAAAAUAAUUACGUUUUACCAUUUUAAAAAUACAAUUUAGAUAGAAAAAUUAUCAUGUUGACCUUAAAAGCGAAGAUUAUUAAUAUCUUCCAUUAACCUUUAGCUAAUGCUAUUGCAGAAGUACAAAUAGCAGCUGUUAAUAGUAAUAAUUAAGAUGAAGUUGAAGAAGACGAAGAUAUUUCAGUAAAUACAUUUAAAUAAACAGUUAAAAGUUAAUCAGAUGAAUUUGGAAAAGUAAUAAUUUUAUAAGAAGUCGAAGUCGGUUACUAAUAUAUGUGUAGGACUUCUGUCACAAUAACUGAUGACUAAUAUGAAGAAUCAUUUGAAAAAAUCGAUUUUAAUUAUGAAAAUAGUUACUUAGUCGAAGACUCUAUAAUAGUGAUGUAUAGAUAAAAAAAUCUUGCAAAAGUAUCCGGAAAAGUCUUAUUCAAUAAAAAAGCCUUAGAAAAUGCAUUUGUUCAUCUAGAUGUUUAACAUAUUAAAGAAGAUGUCAAUUUUGGAGGAAAAAGCCAUAUUUUGGAUAAAUAAAAUUAUAUUAAACCUAUUUAUACCGAUUCUGAAGGUCUUUUCAUCUUUUCUUUUUACAAAGAAUAUGGAUACUCGUAUGAUAUUAAUAUUACUGCUUAAUAUCCUGGUACUUAAGAUGCCCAAAAAACCAUUCAUAUUUCCGUUUUGAAUAAAUAUGUAUCAGAAAAUAACGUUAUUAAGCUUCAUGAGAAUACCCACUUGACAUAAGGUUACAUUAAAGGGCAUACUGUGGACAAUAUGAAUAAUAUAUUACCAAACUGUGAAAUUUUCAUGUACAAUGAGACUAGAAUUCAAACCGAAAAAAGAUGCUUCUUUUUACCGAAAAGGCUUCAAAGAAGUCGUUUUAUCGGAAAAUAAUGA